AUGGCUGGGCAAAGGCCGCCCGUUGAGAGACGCCUGGCCGAGAAGGUGGAUUGCCUGCUGGUGAAUGUCGAGGAGGCCGUUCUCGAACAUCAGGCCGCGCGCCUGCGGCGCUGGUCCGAGAGCCAGCGCUCGGUCCUGGAGCGAGCCCUCCAGGUGGAGCAGGCCGCCGCCACGAAGAGCGAGUCCCUCGCCUCCACGGUCAUGGAGCACCUACACACGCAGGUCUCCGAUCAGCAGGAGGAGCGGCGCUGUUCGACGACCGCUGCAAGGAAAGCCAAGGAGGACUGUGACGAGGCUUUUUGCCGAGAGCUUCGCGGCUUUGCAGCAGGCCGCGAGAAGCUGGGACAGCGCCUGGCGCGACAGCAGCUGGCCCGCUUGGGCGCCGCCUUCGACCAAGCCAUGGCCUCCAAGUGGCAGCAUCUGGAGGAGCAACUCCAAAGGAACCUUUGGCGUCAUCAUGUUGAGGCACACCGCAGUUCCGGUCGUGUUGGCGGUGCUCGCGUGGAAGAUCUACAACAGAUUUGGGAGACUGGCGAAUUGGAAGGCCAUCUUUCUACGGAGAAACAGGGCUGGAUGCGCUCGCAGCGAGCGGACCUGGAUCACUUGCAGGUUGAAGCAGACACGGAGCUCAAAGAAGCUCUGAAGGAUCUUGAACAGGCAAUUCAGGCCUCUGCUCCUUCCAGAUUGUUGGGAGCCCCAGGCGGAGAGGACCCGGAACCUUUGCAGCAACUUCGUUCCGUGGCCGAGGCAGCUCGUCAAAAGCUGGAAGGCCUGGCGGGCGAGCUCCGUUCUCGCUACAUGCCGAAGCUCGAGGAAGCAUGGAAGGCUUGCGAAGCCGACUACAGUCGGCUUGACCGCGAGGUGCGAGAUUUCCACCUCGAGUCCUUGCAGCGGCGGUUCAAGGACAUGGAAACCUUACGGGAGCUGAAGCUGCAACUCUGCCGUUGGCGUCUGGAGUAUCAGGACGCUUAUCACAAAGGCUGUGACGACGAAGAGGGAGUCGCUGAAGAUGCUCGGCGGCUGCAGCAGCGCUUCGACGUUGCCAGGAGACUGGUUCGACAGCUCUGGAGGAUGUCGGAGCUCCCCGCUUCGGAGGCUCACCAGCUCCUUCGGCAGACCGUCAAGGAACGGGGCUGA